AUGACUGGUGUGCUUGACUUACAAAGUACAAAGAGUAAUAACUCACUUGACAAAUUAAAACCAUUAAAUUUAACUUUUGAAAAUGGUGUGAAUGUUGAUAAACCUGAAGUAUCAUAUGAAGAAUUUAUGAAUGAAGCUGAUCCUGCAAAAUUGGAUAGUAUUGAAGAAACCCCAAUCGGUCCUUUCAUCUAUGCUAUAACUCUUGCAGUGGCUCUUGGUGGUGCUCUUUUCGGUUAUGAUUCUGCUGUUAUUUCUGGUGUUUUGGUGACUAUUGAUGAUGCAUUGGGUAAGACAUUAACCACAGGUGAAAAAGAAUUGAUUACUUCAAUCAUGUCUGCUGGUGCUUUUGUUGGUGGUAUUGUUGGUGGUGUUGUCAUUGAUAGAAUCGGUAGAAGAAUACCUUUGUUAAUCUCUAGUGUGUUAUUUAUUAUUGGUUCUAUCAUUCAAGCUUCGGCUUUUGAAUUGAUUCAAAUGUCUAUAGGUAGAUUUGUUGUUGGAUUAGGUGUUGGUCUUGCUCCUAUGAUUGUACCUGUUUUCAUUGCUGAAUUAUCACCUGCUAAACUACGUGGUAAAUUAAUUACAUUGGAUUCCAUUUGUAUCACUGGGUUUCAAGUUAUCGCUUAUUUGAUUGAUUUUGCCUUCCAAAACGUUAAAGGUGGUUGGAGAUAUAUGGUUGGAGCUGCUGCUAUUCCUGCAAUGUUAUUUGGUAUUUCAGUUUAUAUGAUUCCUGAUACUCCAAGAUUUUUAAUUGAAAAAGAUAGAUAUGAAGAAGCAACUGCAGUUAUUAGAAAGAUUUAUCCAAAUGCAACAGAAGCACAAGUUAAAGAUAAAGUUUCAUUAAUUAGUUCAUCAUUCCAUUUCGAAAGUGAAAGCGUUGGUCAAUAUACCGUUUGGCAAAGAUUAAAAUUACUUUAUACAAAUAAGUUUAACCUUAAAGCUUUAAUAGUUGCUUGUGGUCUUAUGGGUAUUCAACAAUUUGCUGGUAGUAAUACAAUUACAUUUUAUGCUCCAACAUUGUUUUCACUUGUUGGGUUUUCACAACCAAUUGCAGUGAGUAUUGUUACAAGUGGUGCUAAUUGUAUAUUUACUGUUGUUUCAUUAUUUACCGUUGAUAGAUUUGGUAGAAGAAGAUUAUUAGUUUCAACUGUUUGGAUCAUGACUUUGUUCUUAGUUAUUGCAGCAGUUUCAAUUCAUUAUAUUCCAAUAAAUAGUAAUUUAGAGUUAGAUGGUGCACCAAAACUAACUUGGGCAGGUAUUUUAUUAUUAAUAUCUAUUAUUGGUUAUAUAGCAGGGUAUGCAGUUGGAUUGGGUAAUGUUGCAUGGUUUGGUGGUGAAUUAUUUCCAAUGGAAGUUAGAUCUAUUGGUGCAACAAUGUUAAAUUGUACAUGUUGGGGUUCAAAUGUUGUUGUUUCAUCAACUUAUUUAUCAAUGAUGAAACAUUUAACACCAAGUGGUGCAUUUGGAUUUUAUAUUGGGACAACAUUUGUUGGUUGGUUAUGUAUUAUAUUUUUUUAUCCAGAAGUUACUGAUAUGACUUUAGAAGAAAUUAAAGAAGUUUUCAAUCAUGGAUUUGGUGUUCGUUAUUCAUCAAAAUUAAGAAAAGAAAGAUUAAAGAAAAGAUUAGAAGAUGAAGGUCAAGUGGAUUUAAAUGAAAAAUCAGAUUCUGAACAUGUUGAGCAGGCUCAAGUUUAA